AUGUUGGGCAAGAUCAUAUUCCUACUGUACCUUUUCUCGUUCCUUGUGUUUCCAAGUUUUUGCGCUGAAUCUGAACCGCCCCGCAUACGUCGUCAAACAUUCUGCUUCCUCCGCGGCUCGGGCAUAUGCUUGCCAGUUGAGCCUCGCCGGGAAUGUCGUGGUGAGGCUUGUGGGAAAAUCGGCUGUCCUGGUCGAGGAACCUGCCUGUGCUCCGAAACUGGCGAUUGGUACUGCAGCGGGCCCCGCAUCGGCCGCCAAGCAGACGGCAUCGAC